UUGUAGAAUCAGACUGACACCGGUUACGUCUUAAGGAGUUUGUCUUACCGUCACGUCACACAGGAUGGCAGGUCCGGUACGAGAAAGAGUCACAGAUGCCGACAGGCGCCAUUUUGAUUUUGUCCAAACUUUGCUCCGUAUUUCCGAUGAACUGACAGAAGAGGAAACGGCAAACGUGAAGUUGUUCUGCCUGCAUCUGAUUCCAAAAGGUCAGGCGGCACAACUCAGGCGGGCGGUGGACGUUUUUCAAAAGCUGAUGGAACUGGACAAAAUCGACCAGGAGAAUCUCGACUUUCUCAAAGAGAUAUUGGAAAGAAUCGGACGACAGGACCUGAUUCAGAAUGUUCUGCGCCGGUUCCAGCCGCCUGACCGAGAAAUUCCGGAAAAUCCAGAACUUCAGCCAGAGAAUCCCGAAAUGCAACCGGGAACAAGUCAGGAGGGAGGGAGUGCAGAAGGAAACGCCUACUUGGUUGUGCACGGUGAAGUGCGCAUGAUCCAAGAAAAUCUCGAUCGUCUGAGAAACCGCCUAGCAACGUUAUCAGGGACCAGAAGGUCACAGGUCAAGUUCAGAGGUUACAAGAAGCACAAGAGCAUCCUGGUGCACUUCUCCAUGCCGCGGGAGAACACGGCAGUGCUGAGGCACAUGGCGGAUCACUCCGACCCGAGACUUGUCUACAUGGGCGUCAAGUCACUGCAGAUCGACGCUGAAGUUCCCAUCAAAGUCCAACAGGAGGAGCCUGUGUACGAUGUCAAGAGACAACAUCCUGUUGAUGACAUUGAGGUUGGAUGCGGUACCCGGACCAAACACCAGAGGGCGCCCCAGGGCUGGACCCGCCUGUCUGCCCUGAACCUGUUCUCGGACGCCCUGCCGCUCCAUCUGCAGGCAGCCGCGAGUCUGGAGUACCAGGGCUUCUCCUAUAGCCUGGUCCGGGCUCUGGUGCAGAAGGACCGGCUCAGAGAACACCAGAUGAGGCAGGCCAUCCAGAACCUCAGGAACGCAGAGGUGGAUUCCAACACGCUCCGUCAGAAGGCAGAGGUGGAUUCCAACACGAUCAUGGCUUUGCGCUCCAAGCUUAAAAUCACAGAGAACAGGCUAAAGGAGGCUCUUGAGACGAUCGAGGUUCUUGAAGAAAACCUGCAGCAGGCUCAAGAAUACGCAGAGAAAGCCACCAAACAGGUGACAUCGCACGUGACGGAGUACAGGGGAGAGAAGCCUGGGUUUCAAGGAAAAGAGGUUGUUCUCGGUACAGAAGCACCCGAGCAAGAGCGACAUACAGCAGGGACAAAGGUAGCGGCAUCUGGCUCUACUGGGGACGAAAAACAGGGUGUGAUCACUUUUGGUGGGGAAGGAUCAGGACCUGGAAAGUUUUAUUUCCCACGUGGCGUUGUGGUGUCGCCUAGCAACGAGAUAUUUGUUGCCGAUGGCGGCAACAGACGAGUCCAAGUUCACAGCACGGAGGGGGUUUACCUGCGCCACUUCCCAACAGUUGUACCGGGUACAGGGGAUAAGGACAUGGAGCCGCAUGAUGUUUGUAUGGACGGUAACGGCACGCUGUGGGUAGUGGGGAGCGAAGUGACAGCUGACCAUGUUGUACAGUACAGCACGGACGGGACCGCCAUGGCGGGGUUUGACUUGAAGAAUAGCUAUCAUUACCGUGGUAUUACAGUGGACAUGCGCACUAACCACAUCCUGGUCUCUGAUGCAGACCAAGGUGCAGUUCAUGUGUUCCGUCCGGACGGCUGCCUGGUGCGGACAGUCCGGCAUCCACAGGGGGAGAUGAAACGCCCACGGUGCAUCACUGUGGACGGGGAGGGGAACAUUCUUGUGUCGGACUGGGACAAUCACUGUGUCUACGUGUAUGACGAGUCCGGGAAGUUCCUGUUCCAGUUCGGAGGUUGGGGAAGUGGGGAAGGUCAGCUGAAGUGGCCCCGCGGCAUCUGCACAGACAGCUCGGGGCACAUCAUCGUGGCGGACUUUGGGAACAAGAGGGUUCAGAUCUUCACACGUCACGGCGAGUAUGUCCGGACCGUCCGUAUUGAGUUCCAGCCGGAAGGCCUGGCUGUGGGACCGGAAGGGCAGCUGGUUGUGACCAAUUACUGGGGCGGUACUGUGGUUAUAUACUAG